AUGUUAUCUUAUAGGUUUCAAAAUAAUAAUAUAUUUGCAAGUAAAUCUGCUUCACAGCCCAGAGGUGAUGGAAAUAAAGGAGAUCGAUUUCCUCUGUAUAUUACCAACAUACCAGCUGACAUUGACGAGGUACGUUGUUAUCUGCAUUACCAACAUGUUGAAACUUAUAGAACCAUAAGAAAGUUGUGUAUAACAUCACUAUAGUUGAAAAUUUGAUGAAAUCAAAGGGCGGGCACUUAUUUCCUUAUAACAAAUUUAAAAUCAAACAAGCAAACCAAUGCAGACGCAAGGGAUUUACGGAAGUAAUCUGUUCGUGUUAAAUAUGUUCGUAUUAAAUCUUCUGUGCACCCAUUGCACCUAAAGUCUGCACCCAGAAAGUUGUGCAUACAGAAGGCAAAGUGUGCACUUGCACGUGCUGCACCCGUGGUUCUGACAUCCCUGUAAUUAACAAUAUUUGCUCACUAUAUUCUUAUGUUUAUGCCUAUGUUGUGCCGUAGUGAGGACAGUACGUAAUAAAUUAAUACGUCCCUCUUGUGCUUUUGUUUACGCUUGCGCCGUGGCAAGGCUUUAUAUACAAUAUCUAUCUAUUUUGAAUGUAGGAUCAGUUGAAAGAAAUCUUCAGUCAAGCUGGAGACGUGAUCCAAUCGAAAUGCCUUCCUCCAAGAGAAGGUCGCAAUUCCAAAGUUGG